ACCGUUUAAAAGCUGAGAAAAGGCUCUUUUAUGUGACACAAGCCCCACCUGACCCCAUCAACAUAUGGUAGGCCUAACGUUAAAAUAACGUUCGUACCUACAUUUCCUGUCUGAUCCGCUGGAUCAGAUAUUAUUUUAAUUUAUAUGUCAGUCUGUUUAUGACUCUUAGGUUUGGUCUUCCUUGACAAAAAAGAAAGGCAUUAUUAAAUAUAGGCACAAAAUAAUACAUUUCCUCCUGUUCUCUUGUGCCCCGAAUAACUUGACGUCACUAUCAUAUUCCCUAACCACGGUGGCCUCCCUUGCAACAACGCAAGAGGCGAAUCUCACUCUCAUUACAAAUAGGCAAGAGAUCAUCUACUAUGGCCAAACGUGUAGCAGUGAUCGGAGCUGGAGCCUCUGGCUUGACAUGCAUGAAGUGCUGCUUGGAUGAGGGAUUGGAGCCAGUGUGCUUUGAAAGCAGCGAUGACAUUGGGGGAUUGUGGAGGUUUAAGGAGAACCCUGAGCCAGACAGGGCCAGUAUCUACCACUCUGUGAUCAUCAACACUUCCAAAGAGAUGAUGACCUACAGCGACUUCCCUAUCCCAGCUCACUUCCCAAAUUACAUGCACAACUCUCUCAUCAUGGACUACUUCAACAUGUACACAGACCACUUCCAACUCCGGCAAUACAUCCAAUUCCAGACACGGGUGCUGCAAGUCAAGCAGAGGCCUGAUUUCUCCCGCUCCGGCCAAUGGGAGGUAGAAACCGAGGCGAGGGAUGGGAAGAGAGAAAGCCACAUCUUUGAUGCAAUUAUGGUUUGCGUCGGACAUCACUGUCACCCUCGCAUGCCACUGUCUGAUUUCCCAGGCAUUGACACGUUUAAGGGGAAGUACUUCCACAGCCGGGACUACAAGGCACCAGAGGAGUGGCGCGGGAAAAGGGUGGUGGUGGUUGGCAUCGGGAAUUCUGGAGGUGACAUCAGCGUGGAGCUCAGCAGAAUGACCAAGCAGUUGUUCCUGAGUACUCGUCGUGGUGCCUGGGUUAUGAAUCGAGUGGCUGACAAUGGCCUUCCUCUGGACCUGGUCUUAAACAGACUGACACGACUGAUCCAGAAGAUACUGCCACGUGACUUCAUCUGUGACGUUGUGGAGAAGCGGCUCAACUAUCGGUUUAACCAUGCUAUGUAUGGCUUGCAGCCCAAACACAGGGUCUACCAUCAGCACCCCACUAUCAAUGACGACCUACCCAACCGCAUCCUCUCUGGCACGGUGCAGGUAAAGCCCAACAUAAAGGAGUUCCGAAGCUCCAGCGUGGUGUUCGAGGAUGGCUCCGUGGAGCACGACAUCGACCUGGUGGUGUUUGCCACCGGCUACAGUUUCUCAUUCCCCUUCCUUCCCGCUCAUGUGCUCUCUGUCUCUGAGAACAAGACCUCCCUGUACAAGCACAUCUACCCACCAGGGUUAGAGUGCCCCACUCUGGCUGUAAUUGGAUUGAUUCAACCUCUGGGUGCCAUCAUGCCCAUCUCAGAGAUGCAGGCUCGGUGGGCCACAAGGGUCUUUAAAGGGUUGAAUAAGCUUCCUUCGAUGAGUGUCAUGAUGAAGGACAUCAAGUGCAAAGAAGAGGCAAUGGCCAAGAGGUACGUAACGUCCAGUAGGCACACAAUCCAGGUGGACUACGUCCCCUACAUGGACGAGCUGGCUGAACAGGUGGGAGUGCAGCCCAGGUUCCUGCCUUUGCUCCUACGAGACCCUGGCUUGUGGCUUAGAACUCUGUUUGGACCCUGCACACCAUAUCAGUACCGGCUGUUUGGACCAGGUCAAUGGAAGGGGGCCCGCCAGGCUAUCUACACUCAGUGGGAACGAGUGGCUCAGCCCAUGAAGACGCGACCCAUUCCUGCCAGGGAGACCAAGCGUACCCUUAGCACCCACCUGCUCUUUCUGUCAGCCGCCACAUUGGUGGUGGCGGUAAUCUAUAAGAGAGACAACUACCAGGAGUACCUCCAGUAUCCCAUGAUGAUACUGGACAAGCUGAAGACAUAUGCUGCUUAGUCAGAUGUCCGUGUUGGGUGUAUCAUGCAGUAUGACUAAUUGAUUUGUCUGUGAUGUUUUUCUUGCAUUUUUAGUGAUAAUUGUAAGUGUACUUAAGACUUUUUUAUGUCUGGAUUAUACUAAUAAGGUGUAUAAAGCUUGUAAAAGAAGGUCCAAAUAAGAUUUCAGAAUAUAUAGUUUUUAUAAUGUGGUAAAUUAUCAUUUUAAUUGGUUGCCUUUUUACUAUUUUAACAGUCUGUUAUUGAGCGCCUAUGCUUAAAUUACUCUUUAAUGCACCAUCUUGUAAUGUUUUAGUUUACUGCAUUUCAAAUUGUCAACUGAACAUUUUCUUGAUGUGUUUUGUUUGUCCCUGAUACAUAUGACGAAUCCCACAAUUUCAGAGCUUGCCACUUUGUUUAUUUGCAAAUAACAAUAAAGUAGCCUCUGAAUUAAUAAUUGAA